CAGUCUGCGAGAGACCUCCGCGAUAGAAGGAGGCGUUCUCUAGUGUCUAGCAGUCAGUGAGCAUGGUGUCUUGAUAUCGUGUGUGCUUGUGUGAAUAAAAAGUGCAGUGUCUCAAAUGUGUGCCUGGAUGCUAUCCUGCCUUCUUCUCCUCGACUCUACUACCUGUUUGGAUCGCAUUCCUGGAGGGUUACAUCUGCUUGCAGCAUCCCGAGAACUAUUCUGAGCAACCCUCGUGGAACGGAUUGCUAUUAGAAUGUCUCCAGCCCUCUUCUACCUCCUGGCCUGGCAGCUAGCAUGCACGCUCGCGCAACAACCCCUAAACCGGCCGCCACACUUUGCUCCAGGAGGCGACAUGGCGCACUUCUCGCUGCCCGAAAACGCCGCCGUGGGCGCACCCGUCUACCGCCUGCAAGGGGCUGAUCCCGAGGGGGGCCGGCUGCAUUACAGUAUCAGCGGUGAACACUUCAACGUGGAUAGGACCAGUGGAGUGGUCAAGCUCAUCAAACCGCUCGACCGAGAGGUGCUCGAUAUGCUAGAGGUUAUCAUCAGUAUUACCGAUGAAUCGAUAGGUGGCUCGGAACCGAACACAGUUUCUCUAAGAAGGGAAAUUCCGGUAUUGGAUGUGAACGACAAUCCACCAGUUUUCCAAGGCCGACCUUAUGUCAUGUCAGUUCCCGAGAAUGCACGGAUCGGAUCUCUGCUCUACACUAAUAUUUCUGUCACUGACAGAGAUAGUGGCAUCAAUGCCGAGCUUAAUAUCAAGUGCUUGAAUUGUGAUGAAUUUGAUAUUGAAACUAUCAAGAUCGACGAGGGCCAGUAUGCAGUAGCAGUGGUGUUAGCCAAGCAGUUGGACUAUGAGAGUGCGCCCGGCUACAGCCUCAUCCUGGAGGCGAGCGAUUCCAACCGGUCCAGGCUGACUGCCACUGCAAGUGUAGCUGUAGAUGUGAUCGACAUCCAGGACCAACCUCCCGUCUUCCUCAAUUCUCCAUACUCUGCCACCAUUCAAGAGAAUACGCCACCGGGUCGGAGUGUGCUGUCGAUCAAAUCGGAGGAUGGGGACGCAGGCAAUCCGCGACCGGUCGUUCUGUCUCUGGAGGGAGAUGACCUGCACUACUUCACGCUGAUCUCGAACGGCAGUGGUCAGGCCACUAUUGUCACCACCUCCAACCCCAUUGAUCGAGAGCAUCCCAGUGUGCUGCAGAGUGGCGGGGUCUACACGUUCCUUGUCAAGGCAACUGAGUUGAUCAAUAAUGAGCUGCCCGGUGAUUUCAACACGGAGAGGGUGACGGUGGUUAUCACUGAUGAGGACGAUCAAAUCCCCCACUUCAACAAACCAAGCUUCGAGAUCAGCGUUAGUGAAGAUAUAGGAGUGGGCACGCCACUACCAGGCCUGAACAUGGUGGUGAGUGACGAUGACGUGGGCGAUAACGCACGUUUCAUGCUUAUGCUUAAGUCGGCCGACGAACGCGUGAAGCGCUGGUUCCGCGUUGACCCAGUGAUGGCUCAUGGGAGAACGCCUCUGGUCAUCCGCGUCAACGAUAACGCGGGACUUGAUUACGAUGCGGGCGUCCGCCAGCUACAGCUCACAAUAGUCGCGCUUGUGCCUACAUCUGAUGAAGAAAUGGAGGAAGUAGCGAGCAGCAGUGUGAAAAUCAACAUAAUUGAUGCAAACGACAAUCCACCGGUGUUCAGUGAAGCCGGCUACUCAUUCACAAUACCCGAGGAUCUGAGCCCAGGCUCACUUAUCGCAAACGUCACUGCAACGGACAAGGACAGCGGCGAUAUCGGAAAGAUAACUUACAGUUUGAGAGGAUUCGGAAUGGAUAAAUUCGGCACUAACUUGCAGCAUGGCAAUCUGUAUCUUCUGGGAAAGGUGGAUUAUGAGAAACAAUCGUCGUACUCAUUGACAAUGGAAGCAAAGGAUGGUGGCGGACGGAUUGUAUCCACAAAUAUCCAGGUUCAUCUUACCGAUGUCAACGAUAAUGCUCCGGUAUUCGAGUUUCCUGAUUACCGCAGGACUGUGCGGGAAGGAGCGACUACAUUUAAACCUCAAUUCUACGUCAGGGCGACUGACGCAGACAAUGAUGGAAAGAGUAAAAUCAGAUACAGCUUGCUCACUUCCAACUCAGAUGUGCUGACUGUAGACAGUGAAACGGGAGAAGUGAAGAUGUUGCGACCUGUUAGCUCUAGUCAUACAUCCAGAGGUCAAUACGAGCUCAUGAUCCGUGCUUUUGAUGACGGUGAUCCACAACUGCACGGCAGCACAUCUGUGUAUGUGCGCGUGGGAGUGCCUGGAAAUCAGAGGCCAGUGUUCAGAGGCUCCCCUUACAAUGUGACCAUAGCUGAGAAUGUUGAGCCGGACAGUCCAGUGUUGACUGUUAGGGCCACUGACCCUGAUGGUCCCGACAGUCAGGUCAGCUACAGGAUUGGGGCUGGAGCUGACAACUUCCACAUCAAUAGCAGUUCAGGCUUGAUCUCGGUGUCGUCGGCAGCCAUCUUGGACCCGGACGUGACGGGCACGUGGCGUUACAGCCUGACCGUGCUGGCAGUUGACAGUGGCAUCCCGCUGCGGGAGACUGCUCAGACCCAGGUCACCGUCAACAUCGCCGACGUCAACAAUAAGCCUCCUCUCUUCCCAGUCACCGCCAACUACAUCCGCCAUAUCUCCGAGAAAACUCCUAAAGGUGAAAUUGUUCUAAAAGUGACAGCAGUCGAUCCAGAUCUGGAUGCCAAUCUGGAGUAUUCAAUAGUUGAACCAAUUAGAGCUGCUGAUAAGACUGGAGUAAUCAUCAGAGGAACCUAUCCUUAUGAUUAUAAAAAUGCCUUCAGUAUCAACAAGACAACGGGAGAAAUAUCAGUGAACUCAACCCUGGAUCAUCAAACAGCAGCAGUUAUAAUACUCACCGUGCAGGCAGUUGACUUAAAUGCUGUUGAAAAUAUAGAGGAUCAGAAAACAAAAGUUGAAGUGACUCUCUACAUCCAAGCCUACAACGUGCUGAACCCGAAAUUCACAGUAGGCUCGUGGUCUCCAAAAGACCCGACAAUCAGGGUGAACGUUCCCGAAGAGAAGCCAGUUGGCUCCACUCUGUUGACUCUCUCAGCCAUUGACUCUCUCAACAAUUCACCCAUCACCUCUUUCACUCCCACCACACGGCUGCCUUCUGGACUUGCUUUGCACACCUCCGGCAAUAUUGAACUCACUCAGAGACUGGACUACGAAGCUAUGGAAAACAAGACAUUGAGCUUCCGAGUUCAAGCUAUUUCAGAAGAUGGACAAAGGACUUCCGAAGCUCUCGUUCUACUAAUUGUGCAAGACAUCAAUGAUCACAGUCCCAAGUUUUCUCAAAAGAGCUACAAAGGUUCGGUACUUGAGUCAGCCAAUCAGGGCACUCCAAUUCUCACGGUGAAGGCCACAGAUGGCGACAUGGCCAGAGGAGCCAAUGGAUUCGGUGACAUUCGAUACUCGAUAUCUGGCGAAAAUGCUGGACUUUUCGAGAUUGAUCCUUUGUCAGGAGACAUCAAGGUUUCAGGUAACGGAACAAUAGACCGAGAGAGACAAUCUGUGUUGCGUUUUGUAGCGAUCGCUACAGACACACCCAACGGAGGAGCCAACCAGAGGAGAUCGACAGCUCCUAUAACAAUCGAAGUGGAGGAUGUGAACGACAACGCGCCCCAGUUCAGCGUUGACCAGUUCACAGCUGUGGUUCUGGAGAACGUUGCUCCCGGAACGAGUGUACUCAACGUCACAGCCACCGACUUGGACACUGGUCUCGGACAACAGAUCACUUACGAACUUGUCGAUCAGGGAGAGGCUGUCAGUCUGUUUACAAUCGGGGCCAACAGUGGUGAGAUUCGUACGGCAAAACCACUGACAGGCAAGGGAAGGGCCGAGCACUACAGUCUGACCCUGAGGGCCCAAGAUGGCGGCCAGCCGAGUCUGUUCACCGACGUCGGACUGAAGCUGGUCAUCGGGGAUGUCGUCAACAAUGAUGGAAUACCCAUGUUCGUCCAUCCCAAGCUCGAUGAGAUGGCCUACAUAUCAGAGAACUCGUCUAUUGGAUCACCAGUGUUCAGAGUGGUUGCAGCCGAUCCUGAUGAUCCGAAUUCUCCAGAAGGUCAACUGAGAUUCAGUUUCCUGCAAGAUGGAUCCGAUUCACUGGCUUUCAAAAUGGAUCCUGAAACUGGCCUAAUCACUACCAAACAGCCUCUGGAUAGGGAGAAAAAGGAUAAAUAUUCGUUGAUUUUGGUAGCUCAAGAUUCAGGUGCAGUUCCUCAGCAAGCCACCCGGCUGCUCACUGUCAUUGUAACAGAUAUCGAUGAUCACAAGCCCCACUUCAAAAGAACAUUGGAUGAAGGACCGUUGGAGUUUACAGUUGAGGAAGAGUUGCCUAUUGGAUCAGAAAUUGGAACGAUUGGAGCCAUAGACUUGGAUAUUGGAGAAAAUGCUGAGAUUGGCUACCUUAUUACAUUUGGGAAUGAGGAUGGUUUAUUUUCACUGGAUAGAAUGGAAAAUAAUCAGGCAAAGAUCAGUGUUGCCAACAGGCUAGACCGAGAAACAGCGUCUGAGCAUACAAUUACAGUCAAAUGCUUCAAAUUAUCAGCCCAACCUGUGAGCCUGAGGAAGCAGUACAACAGACAGGAUACCAGUGAACGACAAAUACGUAUCAAAGUCUCCGAUAUUGAUGACAACCUUCCUCUCUUCUCUGACAACAAUAUAACAAUUGGCGUGCGCGUGAACGUGCCAGUGGACACCCAGCUGUUGACCCUGACGGCCACUGACGUAGACGCGGAUGCGGCUCCCAUCACUUACCACAUGGAGUCGAUGCAGUUCAGUCGGCCACUAUCACCUCUGCUGAACGGUACGCAAUUCGCACUGGACAGUCGCAGCGGUCAGCUGCUCACCGCGUCUCAGAUGACGCCCUUCUCCGACGGGCACUUCACGCUGCGCGUAUUCGCUAAUAACAGUGAACAGCACACCUAUGCAACUAUCAAGAUAUUUGUGGUGCGAGAGAGAGGACUGCUAAAAUUUGUGUUCGGAAGACCCCCAGCAGAUGUGCGACAAAAUCUGGUCGACUUCAGGCAUGACGUGGAGAAGGCACUUGCAUUGUCAGGCAGUCUCAACGUCUACGACACUCAGUUCCAUUCCAAACCAGACGGAAGUUUGGAUUUCAGUAGUACAAGCUCCUGCUUUCAACUAGUCGGGUCACAAACGUACGAUGUGAAAGAAAUGGAAUCAAUGCUGAAAGAUAAUCCAAAACUAGAAGACGUUUAUACCAAAUACAUUGUGCAGUCAGUCGAGCGCUGUGCACCAGUGGUGGGGAGAGCGGGAAUCACGUGGGUACAGUGGAGUGUCCUGGGCAUCGCUUCUUUCAUCGGAAUCGCAUCUGUAUUUGCUGCUUGCAUACUUUGUUGCUCUUAUAGCAGGUGGCAGAGGUUUCGAUGAUAAAGGUUUCCAUGUGUAAAUAAUGAGAAAUGGGAUGUAUUCUCAAUGAGAAGUGAUUUUUCAAGUUGCCAUAAGGUGUCUUAUCUCGCUCACAGAAUGGAAUGUUGCGAUGGAACUUCCAUUUCAAAAUUCUAUUCCAAUCUAGAUGAAUAAAUCAAAGGUAUCCAGCUUUACUGUUAUCGAUAAGUGGAUGUUUUGUACAUAGCUGACGUAUGAGUGUGAGACCUUAUUUUAAGUGAAUGUUAUAAUGUUUUAUACCGUUAGAUUAUUAUGCGUUGAUGAAUAGUGUGGACAAAGUUUCUUCGAAAAUGAUUCUUUAAUUAACUAUUUCUUAAAAUUACUUAUUUUUCAUGGAAAUAGGAAUAUUAAAAGUAUUAUUAUCAAUAUUACUCUAGGACUGAUCAAGAUAUUUUUUUGUUUAUGGUAAAAUAUUUCUAGUUGAGCCAAACUCCACAACAUAUAAUAUAUGUUUAGUAAUAAAGUGAAAAGAGUGUAAUAAUAAAAAAGUGUAAAUUAAUAAUAUUCCACCAAUUCUCUGAGCCACCUAGGGAGUUUAUUGUAUCUAUUGUACAAUUUUCGUUUAUAAUUAUUUUCCCCACCCAUCCAAUUUACUCUGGAACUAAGUGUAGUAGUAAUAUAGCUUGUCUCUUCAACUAAAAUGUAAAAUGUCUCUUCUCAACUUUUCAAAUUCAAAUUCUUUCUUUAUUAAAAAAAAAAAACAAUCAAAUACAUGCCAAAAAGCAAAUACAAUAUUAUUCUUAUUCUAAUAUGUGUUCCCUAUAGGCUACCCUGUGUGGGCACACUUGAAUAUAUAUAAUAAAAUAUUAAUAUACAAAUUUAAAUAUUAUAUCUUGAAGAACAUAAUAAUUGAAUAUGAUAUUAUAUUGAAAUAAAUCAAUAUGUCAAUUUAUAUCCAUUCUUGCACACAUGCACACACACAUACACAAAACUUGAAAUUAUGUACGGAGUGGUUGCUGUUUUUUUCAUAAAUAGUUUAAUUCAAUUCAUAGUUAACGUUUCGUUUUUUUCAAAGUGCUGAUGUAAUUAGACCAUAAAUGAAUACGCGCUUUUGAAGAAAGAGACAGUGAUUGAAAUGUAAUACUAUCUUACUGUUUACGCUUACCGGACGGGAUUUGUGAGUUCAAUGAUAUUUAAUUGUUGCAGAUUGCAGUGUUCAUGUCGUGUAAUGUGUAAAUUAUAAUAAAUUUAGACCUAUAUAUUUAUUUAGUAAAAAAAAAAUCAUUCACGUUGUCUAGUUGUGAUAUGAAUUUAUUGGUGAUGAUUUCUUGAUCCAUUCCGAGCUGCUUUGUAUAAACACACUUUUUUUAUGUCGUGUUCAAAUACAUAAAAAAGUAUGAAUUUAUUGAUUUCUUUCCUAAAUAACUGACGUGGCGUUAUCUUCCUUGUUGUUACUGGAAGUGAAUUGAAUAUUUUUAUAGCUAUGUAUUUGAAGUGUCGUCUGGAAUGUUCUAAUCUUGGUUUUGGGAGGUUAAUGUCCUGUGAACUCCUGAGAUUUAUUCUUUCUUCCAUCUGUUGGAUAUCGAAAUUAUUUUCAGCUUAAUCUAGCAUUGCUUUGAAUAGAAAAGAAUGUCUCACUUGUAAUAUUGAUAGUUCUCUGAAGAGCAUCAUUGAACUAUAUAUUGUCAAACUACUGCGUAAUUUAUUCUACUUGAUAUUCGUAGCAGUAUUUAUCUAGUUAAUACUAAUAUUACUAUAUUAACAACUGUGUACUAUAUUACUGGGGUAGUUACAAUUGGUAAUCAGAGAUAAAACAUAUUUCACUUUUGCAUUAAUUUCAUUUCUCUUAUUUGCAAAUAUGAUUCCUAUGAAUGAAAGACUGAUUUUGCAAAACUUUCAAAUUUGAGCUCUCUGUUUAAUAUAGCCUAUAUUUGUUAUACUCUGGUACUUAUUCUCUACUUUUUUAAAUAAACCAACUAUUGAUGAAGCUACUUUUUGCUGAAUGUGUAUCAAUCGUUGAGAAUGGUAGCAGAGCUUAUUAUCGAGAUUAUUAAAAUAGAUAUAGAUUAGCUAAGAACUUGAAAAUCAAAAUACGUAAUAAUUAUUUGAGCUCACUGAAUUGUAAAUAAUAAUUUGUGAUUAUAAUACUAUUACAGGUAUUUUUAACAUUGAUGUUAUGUUCUAUUUUAGAUUCUAUAUAGGCUAAUUAUCUCUUACAGUGAUUUUUAUUGUAUGAAUGGAAGUGUCGAAACUUUUGUAAAAAUUACCUCUAUAUAAAUAUUCAUUUGUAGAGAGUUGUGAAUAUUAUCUGUGUUGGAUAUUAUAAUAUGUAUAUUGUAA